AUGAGCUCCCUCGAGGCUUCUGAGCAAUGGCCAGACGACCGCUGGGAGGCUACCCAGGGGCCUGCGGUUCAGAGCUGGGUUGGACAAGGUACCGCCGAGCUCUGGUGUAAAUGGAGUCUGGACAAGGCCAGGGCAGCUGCUCCCUUCAGCUGCUGGGAGGAAGAGAAGAGAAAGCCUCCUUGUGCCCCCUUGUGGCGAGGGUCUGCCUUCGCCCUCCCGACAGCCAACAUUUGUAUGGAGCGGACUCUGCUGAGCCCUUUACUGAUAUUAAUUCACCCUGGGAGAGAGUCGCUGUUGUCAGCCCCCACAGACCGAAUUAUUCUCUGCAAGCAGAUGAGUCCCCACAUCUAUGUCCAGCUCUUACCUCUCUGCCCACCAAUUAGAGCCCUGGGCCUGCGUCCUUAUGAAGAAGAGCCUCACCCCGCACACCCUGGGGUGCUGCUCCUGGCUUCCCCGCCCCCAUCAGCGGCUGCCCCGAGGCGUCGGAGCGCCCCGCGCCGGCCCCCUGGACAUGCGCACAAUAUGCCCGCGGACUUCGCGGAGCAGGUAUGCGCCGGAAGUAUAUAUACAUGUGCCGGAAGUGCGUGUGCGCGGCGCGCCCCUACGGACAUGGCGGCGAAGGCGCCUCGGACCCGGGCUGUGCCCGGGCCCAGAUGGGUGCUGCUGCUGCUGUUCGCGGCGGCCGCCACGCCUCUGGGCAGGGCCCAGGGGGACGAGUUCCAGCCCGGCCAGUGGGGGGCGGCGGCGGGGGGCGCGGCGGCCGCGGCGCGGGGGCGCAGGUAUCUUCUGUAUGACGUGAACCCCCCGGAAGGCUUUAACCUGCGCCGGGACGUCUACAUCCGCAUGGCCUCCCUUCUGAAGAGCGUGCUGAAGGCUGAGCCGUGGGUGCUGGUUCUCCCCCCCUGGGGCCGCCUCUAUCACUGGCAGAGCCCUGACAUCCAUCAGGUCCGCAUCCCGUGGUCAGACUUUUUUGAUCUUCCAAGUCUCAAUAAAAACAUACCCGUGAUUGAGUACGAACAGUUCAUUGCAGAGUCAGGCGGCCCCUUUAUUGAGCAGGUGUAUGUCCUUCAGAGCUAUGCAGAGGGGUGGAAAGAGGGAACAUGGGAAGAGAAGAUUGACGAGCGGCCGUGCAUCGAUCAGCUCCUGUACUCCCCAGACAAACAUGACUAUUAUCGAGGAUGGUUCUGGGGCUAUGAAGAAACAAGAGGUCUGAGGGUUUCUUGUCUGUCGGUCCAAGGCUCUGCUUCCAUCAUUGCCCCUGUGCUUUUGAAGAACACGUCGGCCCGAUCAGUGAUGUUGGACAGAGCCGAAAAUCUCCUUCAUGACCACUAUGGAGGGAAAGAGUAUUGGGAUACCCGUCGGAGCAUGGUCUUUGCCAAACACCUUCGUGUGGUGGGAGACGAGUUCAGAAGCAAAUACUUGAACUCCACCGAUGAUGCAGACAAGAUCUCUUACAAUGAAGACUGGACAAAGAUGAAGGUAAAGCUGGGCACCUCCCUGGGUGGGCCUUACCUCGGAGUCCAUCUCAGAAGGAAGGAUUUUAUCUGGGGUCACAGAGAAGACGUGCCUAGUCUACAAGGGGCAGUGAACACCAUCCGGAGCCUUAUGAAGACCCACAAGCUGGACAGAGUGUUUGUGGCGACAGAUGCCGUUAGAAAGGAAUGUGAGGAGCUCAAGAGGCUGCUUCCUGAAAUGGUGAGAUUUGAGCCCACUUGGGAGGAGCUGGAGCUCUACAAAGAUGGCGGCAUAGCCAUCAUCGACCAGUGGAUCUGUGCCCACGCCCGAGUCUUCAUUGGCACCUCUGUGUCCACCUUCUCCUUUCGGAUUCAUGAGGAAAGAGAGAUUCUGGGCCUGGACCCCAAAACAACUUACAACAGAUUUUGUGGGGACCAAGAACAACAAUGUGAGCAGCCCACCCACUGGAAAAUUGCUUACUGAGGAAGCACCAUUGCUGUGGUUACAAACCGGGGCCGGGAGCACCAUUUCUCCAUUGCAGCGCCUCCUGCCUGUGCCCUGGACACUUGUUAGGCUAGCUGAUGGUAUGGAAUGGCCCAGGAGGCCCAGUAUGGGCAGCUAACUGGCUGGCCCCAGGGAGGGCAGACCCAGCUGUUCCUUCUCAGUGAGGCCGGAUGCCCUGGACAGGAGCCACAGGAUUGGAUGUGAAUGGAAUCACUGCCAGAGACCCCCAGCCUUGUCCUCCUGUGCUUGGCUGGUUGUCAGCUGUGGGCUGCACUGUCUUUUACCUUGUUUACAGGAAACCCUUUGUUUGGAGGAAUUGGUUUUUGGGUCUCCAUUCAAGGCCUGGUCAGGACAUUUCAGUGAUAAGAGUCCUGAAGUCCAGGACGGGAGCCCAUGGGGGGCGGUGCACGACUGACCAAAGUACUGUUUAUUCUCUCCUUUCCAAUCCAUAGUAAUGGACACAAUAGUCAAGCUGUGUCGGCUCCAGGACGGCCCAGCUGGAUAUUGUGAGGGUAGGGUGGGCAAAGGCUCUGCUAGAGCUUGCCUGAGCCACGCGGACACGGGGCCUCCCCCAAGCAGCCUCCUAGGGCGGAUGCAGAGCCUUGGAGGUUCUGUUCUGACCAGAGGAGAUGUCUCCCAGGCCACCUGGCCCCUGGCAGGGUCUUCAGAGUUGGCUUUGACCUGCCCAGUGAGAAAAGCAUUCGUUCUCUGAAUCCCAGUGUCUUUGCUGACACACCCCAAAUCCAGCCUCCAAGGGGCUUGUUCUGGAGCUGUCAGAUCCCACUUGAGUUGUGUUACCCACCACAGAUGUGGGGGGAGGAUGCAAGGGGACAGAGCCAAGACCAGGGCUGGCCAGGCCUAGUAUUUUUUACUUUUUAGCCGAACCCUUUCCUGGCUUGGUCCAUUGCCUGUAACCUUAAUAACUAGAAUAGUCCCCAUCAACAUCCUAGAAAGAUGUGGGCAGAUUCACUGGAUUCUUGGGCACUGCAUUUUUUAAAACUCAUUUUUCUAAGUAUUUCCCCACUGCCCCCAAGCUCACUGUGAGUGAGCUUGAUGUGUGUGUGUGUGUGUGGGGGGGCAAUGGAAUGCCCAAGGCCCAGCUGGAGGCCCCCAGCUCGUUCUGUCCCUGCAGCAAACAACCCACCCUCACAAAAACCUCCCUCACAGAGCGCAGAUGCUUUCAAGAUGACCUCCUGCUCUCGUUCUCAUGGGGAGAAGGGCAGGUGAGCUCCGGCUCAUUGCUCUGACAGACUUUGCUGCCUCAUCCAUUCAAUGACAGCCAUGGUGUGCAGCUAGAGACCCUGAGCCCACACGAGGAGGCCCAUACGAGCACAUGGGCUGAGGUCCGGGGGACUCCUGUGAUCGAGCAAUGUGGGCCAGGCGUGCGCCAUCAGCCCGUUUUUUAAAGACCCUUCCUCUCCUGACUUCUAAUGGAAGGAAGACAGUGCGCUCCUCAAAAGCCCCCGCUCCCGGCAGUCCAGCAGAGGAUCGCUUCUUUUGUCCAUGUGUCAAGUAUUAUGAAUAAAAGGAAGUUUUUCCAGGAAGCUCCCGGCCUGCACAUGGUGCCUUUUUAUAAACCCGAGACCUAUGCAGUAAGGUGUGCAAUUCCACUGUGCCUCUUAUUUCUAAGGAAAAUAAAAUGCUUUGUAGCA